AUGUCGAACCUCGACUACACCAACAAAACCUACACCCUUAACACCGGUGCUAAGAUCCCAGCCGUUGGCCUGGGUACCUGGCAAUCCGGACCUAACGAGGUCCGCGAGGCUGUCAAGAAUGCCCUCUUGAAGGGUUACCGCCACAUCGACACUGCUCUUGCCUAUGGCAACGAAGCCGAGGUUGGCCAGGGUAUCAAAGACUCUGGUGUUCCCCGCAAGGAAAUCUGGAUCACCACCAAGCUUGACAACACCUGGCACCACCGCGUCACCGAGGGUAUUAACUCUUCCCUCAAGGACCUUGACACAAGCUACGUCGACCUUUACUUGGUACACUGGCCCAGCUCGACCGACCCCAAUGACAAGUCGAAGCAUCUGCCCGACUGGGACUUCAUUAAGACAUGGCAAGAGAUGCAGAAGUUGCCUGAGACUGGCAAGGUCAAGAACAUUGGUGUUUCCAACUUCGGAAUCAAGAACCUCGAGAUCCUCCUCAACCACCCCACCACCAAGAUUGUCCCCGCCGUUAAUCAGAUCGAGUUGCACCCUAACAACCCCUCGCCCAAGCUGGUUGCUUACAACACUUCCAAGGGCAUCCACUCCACCGGAUACUCUUGCUUGGGAUCCACCAACUCUCCCCUCUACAAGGACCCCACUCUCUUGGAGAUUGCUGAGAAGAAGGGCAAAACUCCCCAGCAGGUCCUGCUCGUCUGGGGUGUGUCCAAGGGCUGGAGUGUCAUCCCCAAGUCCGUCAGCAAGUCUCGCAUCGAUGCCAACUUUGAGAUUAACGGCUUGGAAUUGACUGCUGAUGAGAUCAGCAAGUUGGACAACCUGAAGGACCGCUUCAAGACCAUGUUUGCCUACGAGAAGGCCUGCAAGGCCGUCAAGUCAAAAUUACCAGAACCAACACAGCAGGUAUCACUGCGAGUUCAACCAGCUUAUGCUCGGAUCAAUCCUCGCCAGCCCAUCAAUCGAGCUGCUGCCAUCCGCCAGGCCCGUAGUCGCCACUUCUCCACCCGUGCAAGCGCCUUUGUCUCAUACAUCAAGACCGGACUCCAAGGUGAUCGCGUCGCCUACCAGACUUCUCGUGUUGCAUCAAACGUCGGCCGUAUCACCAGCAGAGCCCCCUUUGCGUCGACUCUGCGCCCAAACUUGACUGGUGGCACUCUGGGUCGUACCGCAGGAGGUUAUACAUUUGGCGCUGGCCGCAUUGGGGGAGCUCGGUACUUUUCUCAUGGCCCAGCCGCACCUGCGCAGGUCAUCAACAAUGUUUCCGCCGGAGUGCGUGCAUUCUUCCUCUCGGGGCAGAAAGUCCGAUUUGAUGGCAUUGACCCUAUCACCGGAAACAAGCGCUACAAGGCCGUGAGCGCUCUCCAGGACCAGGCUGAACGUCAAAUGACAGGAAUUCCUCGCACAGCACCCGGCUCCUACAUCGAUUUCCAGAUCUCUCCUACCGUCACUGCUUUUGGAGCAAUGGCUGGCUUGCAGAAGAAGUCUGGUGCUUUCGAAUCUGAGACGCUCAACUCGGAAGGUCUUUUGGACUUGCUUUCUGUUGACUUUGCACGUGCAUUGAAGGACCUCGCGGCUGUUCUCAAUGAUCUUAAGCGCUUGUCAGCCCUAGGCGAUUUGCCUAUCCUGCUGCAGGACAGAUCUACAAUUCGAGUACGGUUUCCUGGAUGUGAUGCGGACACCGUGGAGCGAUUGUGUGACGAAGUUGAUGUGCAACGGGGUCGAAUUGUCCAAGAUGAAGAUUUUGACAUUCGCACUGGAGCAGACCUUGCUCUUCUUUUCCCCUUCGCCCCCAGCGUCCCUGUAUCACCAGAGAUGGACUACUUCUUUACAAAGGAACCAACACGAUUGCAGACAGCUGAUGAAGUUGAUUGGCAAGGCAUGAUGUCUUCCGAAGACUUUACGGAGUCUUCGCCCAGAGAUGUUCGCCAGUCAAACGAUAUGAGUUUCGAGGAUGUGGAGAUAUUCGGCAAAAAUCCUUGGAACUCGUCUUCGUCAGGAUACUCGAGUAUCAACAUCAGCGAGCUUGGAGACCGUGCUUUCUUUCCAGAGAUGUCAAGUGCUGGUAUCCCUGAGAGUGCCUCUGAAUAUGCAGGGACUGAGGGGAUCCACAAGUUCUUAGCAGGAUGUGACCGGGCCGCACUUCAUUAA